UUCCCGGAAGAAAACGUCCUCGAUCGUCGCGGAAGAUUGCGUCUCCGAAGAUCGAUGCUUGGUUAAUCGCCCCCGAAGAUGGUCCGUCCGAUCCGUCGUUUCAUCCACCGAUCGCGAAGAGCGUUCCCCUCCACGACCGUCCCAAGAUUCUUCACACGAAGAUUAGUUGAACCGCGCAAUGGACAUAGGCGAAGUGCAUGGACUUAAAAUUAUUCGAGUUCCUCGGUCUUAUACGGAGAUUGUAUAGAUAGCUGUUUAACUUUCACACGUUUUAAAGGCUUUGUCCCGGCUGAACGCGUUCGAUUAUAAUAGUAUUGUUAUCGAGGUCUACCCUAACUUGCCACUUAGAGCAUCGAUACGUAGUUAGACGUUUGAAUUUCGACUGUGCCACGUAGCGUCUAGCAACAGUAAUAAAUAUAACAAUAAAGUUUUAAACUGUUAAGUUCUGAUCGAUACGGCGAUACCUGACAAUCAUCGCGCACCUUUUUAAUCUUCUACAUAUAUAUGAACGAAGCCCUGACUGAUUACUAUCAACGUCCAGGCUAAACCCUUGAACCUAGAAAACUGACAUUUUGCACAGAGGUUUCCUUUAUGAUGUAUACAAGGAAUAAGAAAGAAUAUUUCGAAAUUCAACCCCUAAGGGGGUGAACUGCGGGGCACAGCUAGUUAUAUAUAAAUACGCAUAAAACACGAACAAGCACAGAACUCUUCCUAUGGUUUUUUUUUCUUUUUUGAUCAAAAUCACUGCUCAUUCCACGAGCACGUCGUGCAGCUUUCGAACUUGAGCGUCUCGAUAUUCUUCUUCUUCUUCUUCUUUUUUUUUUUUGGAUUCCUUCACACGAAUAAUCGGAUUUUUUUACUGCGACGCAAUCCUACUUAAGUCGACGUCACCUCAUGUCGAAGAUGCUCAUCAUGCGUAUUGUUCCUAUGUACAAACAGCAAGCCAGAUUAUCGGACCAUGUUCCUGAAGCAGUGCCUGCCGCCACCGGACAUCCCCAACAACGCCCCCGCGCCGUUCGAUCCUGGAUUGGGCUGCUCGGCGGAUCCGCGGUUGCUGUUUCAGGGCUCCUCUGCCUGGAUACCCGAAACCGACAAGCCCUACAUGUGCUCGAGCUGCGGCAAAGGCUACACCCACAUAUUCACCCUGAACCGUCACCGUCGCACCGUCUGCGGGAAAAUCAGAAAUACCAACGGCAAGUGGAAGUGUCCCCGGUGCACCAGGUCCUACGUAACCGAAGGGAACCUCGUCCGUCACGUGAGGUUCGAGUGCGGCGUCAGACGGAAGUUCUGCUGCAUAUUCUGCAACCGCAAGUUCACCCAGCGUUGCAGCCUGAUACGGCACCUGAGGAACUUCCACAACGAGAGCUUCGACAGCAACAACACCGGUGCCGUUCCCUCGGAAUACCAACCGAUGGAAGCCUGUCACGUGGAAUCAAAGGGCGGCUGUUUUGCGACCAACUGCCACGCGACAUUUGGAGACGUUGCAAGGACGACCUACUCUGUUUGAAGUGUGCCAAGAGGUACAGCGACUGGAGGAGCUUGCGGAAGCACAUGAAUUUUUUCUGUCAGAUGGAACCGCUUUAUCCUUGCCCCUAUUGCACGCACAGGGCCAGGAUACCGACUCUGCUCAAGUAUCACGUGGUGCGCGAACACGCGACUUUCGCGUCCACCGAGGAGAUCUAUUGAUUCGUCGAGCCGCGCUUUCGACUGUGUACGAAUAUAGCUUUUUCUUCGUUCUUUGUUGCGUCGACAGAAGAAAGAAAAGCUUUCCUGUCCGAAUAAACACGCGCCGUUGUUGCGAAUGGACCAAAUUUCUGUGCGUUUUGUCAGGAUCAGCCUGUCGGUUCGCAAGGUCCAACUGAAACCAAUCUUAUUCUGCCCGAAUUGUGGCAAAGGACCUUUCACCUGGAAGACGAACCUGCGACGUCAUCUGAGCACUAGCUGCGGACGAUCACCCAAGUUCCACUGCGACAUAUGCGUCUUCAAGACCAGCAGAAAGGACAUUCUCCUCAGGCAUAUGAGAAAUAUGCAUCCACCCGCACUUCACGAAUUAGCAUAACCAUCAGUCUAUAGGGAAACAUUAUCGUUGACUCCACCUGGUAGAUCCUGGAUAAAACACACUCCUAUUGGUCUUUGGAUCAAAACAGUUCGCGCUACCGAAUUGUACGUCGAUUGUGACAAUACACACAUAAUUUAACGAUUUUUUGUGGAUGUUUGGAAUCUCUGCGAGUGCGAAGCGCGGUUGACUCAGCCUGUCAUAGAGUCUUGAAGCGUUUCGAAGCUUCAAAGAGACCUCGACGGAAAAAAAUGUUGAGACUACGAUUCCAAACGUCAGUUUAGGACGAUAGUCGAGCAGCUCAGUCGACGCUUGACUUUUCUAAGCUAAACGUGGUAUAAGAUUUGUUAGUUCCUUUCGUUCCCUUCGAUCGAGAAUGCCAUUUUGCACCUCGUGUUGGCCAUGCUCGUCUACGAAGAAUCGUUAUGUGCUUGCUACUGGUUCUCAAUUGUUCCCGACCAAUAAAAUGUACGUUACAUAAAU